AAGUCAUUCCAUUCUCUACUUAUAUAUGUAACUUCCUACCCGUAAAACAACAUAUCCUAACAAAGAUUGAGAAAGCAUUACAUUAAAAUCUUCAGAAUGGCAACAAUUACUGGUGUUAGUCUCACUACUCCAGCAAUCUUAGCCAAAAAAUCCAACUCUCCCAAUUUCAAGCCUUUUAACUUCCCCUGCCUUGACAAACCAUGGAAAAAAUCAUCAGCUAAAUUUGGGCUGGUGUGUGCAGCAGCACCAGAUAACAAGCUUUCUGACCUUGUGGCUGACAGUGUGAAGGGGGCAGAGGAAGCAUGCAAUGAGAAUCCGACUAGCGGAGAAUGCGCGGCAGCUUGGGAUGUGGUGGAAGAGACAAGUGCAGCAGCUAGUCAUGCAAGGGACAAGAAAAAGCAAGAAGAUCCUUUGGAAAAUUACUGCAAGGAAAAUCCUGAGACUGAUGAGUGCCGUACAUAUGAUAAUUGAUAAUUUUAGCCAUGUGCUUUAUUUAUCCCCUUUGAAUCUUGAAUGCUCUAAAUUAUAGGAUAUUCGUAUCUAUAAUGAAAGGAUUCUUCCUGUUUAAAUUAGUCUCAAAUACUAUACAAAUCUUUUGAUGUUGUCUUUAAGGAAAGUGAUAUGCUAUAUGAAGAUCAAUUUAUGGAAUAACAGGGAAUUAGUUAUAUGUGUU